UCCUCACUAUAAUGCCGUUCACAGUUUGUUCUCGAUACGAUUUCGGUCUGGUAAAGUCGUAUCAUGUUCACAUUUUACAAUCUGACUCAGUUCACGAUUCAGUCUUGAAUUGUCAAUAAUCAAAGUCGGAUGUAUUUGGCUCGUAGAUAAUUAAUAAUAUUAGAAUAUUUGCAGUGAAAAAUGUCAUUGAACUUUUCGAUUGAAGAAUUAGCGAUUAUAGCUCUUCUUCUUGAUGAAGAAGAUAAUAUUAUCAAGACAAGAAGAAAACAUAAAGCCAUGAGAAGAAUGUGGGUGCAUCCAAGUUUAUUGCAACGAAAAAAAGAAGGAGAAUAUUACACUCUCUAUCCCCAUUUAAUUAAUGAUGAAGAAAAAUUCUUACAGUAUUGUCGAAUGGAUUGGACUACGUUUGAAAUGAUUUUGAAGAAAAUCACAGUAAAAAUAGAAAAAAACUCAAGAUUUCGAGAGGCGAUUUCUCCACGAGAAAAACUUAUUGUAUGUUUGAGAUUUUUGGCUACAGGCGACUCUUAUAAAACAAUAGCUUUUAGCUACCGUCUUGGACAUUCAACAGUACAAAAUAUUGUUAUCGAAGUAUGUACAGCAAUAAAUGAAACUUUAAUGACAGAAUUUAUUCCUAUGCCUUCUCGAGAAAAAUGGUUGCAAAUAUCUAAUGGCAUGUGGAAUAUGUGGAACUUUCCUAAUUGCUUAGGAGCUAUAGACGGAAAACAUGUCGUAAUAGAAGCUCCAUCCCAUAGCGGAUCUUUAUAUUUUAAUUAUAAGAAAACAUUCUCUAUAGUACUGUUGGCAUUAGUAGAUUCUAAUUACAACUUUAUUGCUGUGGAUAUUGGGUCUUAUGGGAAAAAUAGCGAUGGAGGUAUUUUGGCCAAUUCAGCCCUUGGAAGAGGAUUGGAAAAUGGAACACUGAAUAUUCCUGAAAGCUCUCCACUUCCAGGAACAAACAUCUUGGCUCCAUAUGUAAUUUUGGGAGAUGAAGCUUUUCCUCUAAAAACAUAUAUGAUGCGGCCUUACCCAAGAUCAAAUAUUGAAGACGAUGAAACAAAAAUAUUUAAUUAUCGGUUAUGUCGAGGAAGACGAGUGGUUGAAUGUGCAUUUGUAUUGAAGUUAAUUACAUUUGAUGUACUAAUCGCUUCAGCGGGUAAUAGCUGA